GUAGAAUCUAUGGACAAGGAAGCAGCUGCAUAGGUAGAAGAGAGUGACAGUACAAAGCAGAAGUUUGUUGGGGUGUGAGGGCUGUGUGCGACUAACAAAUCUGUGGAGCAAAAGAGCUGUAUAGGGAAAAAUGUGUUUGUGCCCGGAAGGAGAUUGAACCUGCGUGUGUGUGUGUGAACACAUCCAUGUAGAAUACUACGCAUAUCUUCAGCAAGCUCAAGCAUUUUACACGUUCCCAUUCCAUCAGAUGAUGACUGCAGUGCCUAACACGGAAAUCAUGACUGAGCAGCCGACUCUAGAGGGCAUCCCAGAGCCAAACAUUGCCCAGGAGCCUCCAAAAGAAGUUAAAAAAGGAGGAAGGAAAAGAAAAGCCAAAGCAACUGAGCCAAAGCAACCCAAAAAGCCUGCCGCUAAAAAAGAAAAAUCAGCCAAGUCAAAAGGCAAACAAGAAAAGAUCACAGAUACUUUUAAAGUCAAAAGAAAAGUGGAUCGUUUUAAUGGUGUCUCUGAAGCUGAGCUUCUGACCAAGACUUUACCUGAUAUUUUGACCUUUGAUCUGGACAUUGUAAUAAUUGGCAUAAACCCCGGCUUGAUGGCAGCUUACAAAGGACAUCACUACCCUGGACCUGGAAACCAUUUUUGGAAGUGUCUGUUCAUGUCUGGUCUAAGCAAUGAACAGCUGAACCAUAUGGAUGACCACACCUUGCCCCACAAAUACGGAAUUGGAUUUACAAACAUGGUUGAAAGGACCACACCUGGCAGCAAAGACCUCUCCAGCAAAGAGUUUCGGGAAGGAGGGCGAAUUCUGAUGCAGAAGUUACAAAAGUAUAAACCUCGUAUAGCAGCUUUCAAUGGAAAAUGUAUUUAUGAAAUUUUUAGUAAAGAAGUUUUUGGGAUAAAAGUCAAGAACUUGGAAUUUGGACUGCAGCCACACAAAGUGCCAGAUACAGAAACUCUCUGCUACGUUAUGCCAUCAUCCAGUGCAAGAUGUGCUCAGUUUCCUCGUGCGCAAGAUAAGGUUCAUUAUUACAUAAAGCUGAAAGACUUACGGGACCAGCUGAAAGGCAUCGCGCCAAACACGGAGGUGCAGGAGGUGCAGUACACGUUUGACCUGCAGCUUGCACAAGAGGAUGCUAAAAAGAUGGCUGUCAAGGAAGAGAAGUAUGACCCGGGUUAUGAAGCGGCGUACGGCGGAGCCUACUGCGAGCGCGCGCCCUACGAGAGUGAGCAGUGCCACUUCUCCAACGGAACCGCAAGCAAUCCACAGUACUGCGAGGGCACAUCCUCCUUUGGGGACGUUCCCAAUGGACAGUGGAUGACGCAGUCGUUUGCAGACCAGAUCCCCGAGUUCAGCGCGGGACUGACGCAGGAGGGAGCGGGAGGCAGCGCCUGAGAUGCAGUUGGUGGCUGCUGCUACUGCUGCUGCUCGGCUGUGCAGACAUGCUGCAGUUUUAAUGCAGUGCUCAAGAGUGGUACCUCGGUUGUCCCAACUGAAGUAUUUUAAUAGUAUUUUAUCUCCCCUAGUUAUUUUAUUCUAGUCCAAAGUUAAGUAAGUGUGUGGUAGGCUCAAAUCAAUGAACUUUAGAUCAUUUUUAAGGAACUGUCCAAACUGUUUGUUUUUUUUUUAAAAAAAAAAAGUUAGAGCCCUUUUUUGUAUAUUGAGUUUUAUAUUUAACGUAUCCCAUUGCUGGCAGCUUUUGACAAAUUGCUUUCUCAUGUGUGAACAUAUUUUUCGGGGCGUUAAUUUUAUUCCAUCCAUCAUAAUGUAGUAGUAACAGCAGCAGCAGCAGUAUACUUUUUACUGAUGCCUCAGUAUUUGGAGAUCUCAUCAUCCUUUUAUAUCCAGAGAGGAAAAGGGGAGAUGUAUCCUUACUUUACAAAGUGGUGUUUUUAAUCCUGCACAGUUAAGCCAACUGUGCUUUUUAAGUCUUUUAGCUUCUUAAAAAGAGCAGGAAGUUGUGUUCUGCAGCUGUGAGUACUUUCUGAGUAGGAAGAGGGCGCUCUGUCCGGUUAGUGAUGGUUAAGGAAGUAGACAUGUCAUCUCAAGUCACAACUCUGGGGAGGAAAUUCAGUGUUGCAGAGAACAGGGCCUAAAUAUUCUUGCUGAAGAAUAUUCAGCAAGGUAAGGUGUCACUACCACUCCAUCUCUUCCCCCCUUAAAUUCUAAUGUAAAUAACUCAACCAACCACCAGAGGUGGUUCUUCAAUUCUGUGGCAUUUAUGCUAUCAGUCAUUUCUGUGUGAUUAGUCUCUUCACCUAGCCUUGAGCAGGAGACAACCCCUUUGAACAGUUUGCAUUGCAGGGAGAUGAAAGACCACACUCCCUGUAAAAACCUCGUACAGGUACAUUGUUCACAUGAGGUAUAGUUCACACAGGGUGAAAGGGAUUUAGCAACUUUUAACACUCAUUUCUCUUCAGUCUGUAAGACCCUAGAGGGUGCUCUCCUCAUUCCUUUUCCUAUACUAAGUUAAAGGUAAAGGCAGCCAUUCCAUGAAUAAGAAGUCAGCCAUAGAGGCUCCAGCUUUCUUCCGAGGAAUUUGCUUAAAAGGACGCACAUUUUGGGCCAAUAGUGGUGACUUGAGAAAGAAAUGAGAUUCCAUGCUUGUGCCUAACCUUGAUCUUUUUUCCCUCUUUUAUCACGUGAGGAAGAGAUGAAGUAAAAGCAAUAAGCUGAUAAGAACAUUAAAGUUUUAAUGAUCAUUAUGACAGUAGGUGCUUCACAUACUUGAAAAACAGAUACGAGCAGUAUCUCCACGGUGCAUGCUGGUCCGAGAUGCCUGUACUGCUGUGUUUUACCCUCUCCUCACAGCCAGUGACAGUUGUCACGCGUUGAGUGUAACUAGUUACUGUAGAUUCCAAUCCUGCUGGAGCAGCUCUCGCUGGUAUCACACACACUGGCAACCUGUUGUGAGGCAGGCAUGAUGUUUACAGUUUUCUUCCCAAAUUAUGUGGCUUAAUUCUGGGCAUCUUAAAUGAAGAAAGUGUGCAUUUUGAUUCUGAUUGUGUCUGUUAGCUUCAGCAUAAAGCUGUUCCAUAUAUUGUCCAAAAGGUAGAAGAGUUGUCUUGUCUGUUAUUUAAAGUGUACUGUAUCACGUAUUGCUGUUUACACAGACCUUUUCCUGCAGGUGCUCAAAGUAUCUUGCAUCAGGGAUUUGUUACAAUUCAGUUUUAUUUUUCAAUGAAAUUAGAAGCAUGUAAUUAGCACUGCUGAGUAUGUAGCACAGUAGGAUGUAACUACUGUAAAGCUAUCCUGUUUGAUGGGAAGAGAAAGGGCUGUUCUGUAACAGUUUACCGACUAAGUUCUCUAGGAAUAAAAUACAAUGAAAUGUACAAUGACCACCCCACUAAAUAGUGCAGCUGUGUACUCCCUCAGAACUGGUGCUCUUUUCAUUACAGUCAUACAAACAUUCUUAAUCUGUCUUCAAUGGAUCAGUGUUCCACAAUAAAAUCAGGAACUGUACUGAA